CGUCUCCCAAUUUCUGCUGGCGUGGGUCGCUCGAUCAAUCAUGAACUUACUUACCCAAUUUAUCCCCCUUGUUUUUGCUGUAAUUGCCUGUAUGGCAAUCUCGAUUGAAGCCGAAGACUUUCUCACGUGCGGAGGCUUCAUAAAAUCAGAAAUCCAAAUAAACUUUGCAAGAAUCGAGGUCAAACUUUACACGAAGCAAGGAGCUUUGAAGUACCAAACAGACUGUGCCCCUAAUAAUGGCUACUUUAUGAUACCAGUCUAUGACAGAGGAGACUUUAUUCUCAAGCUGGAACCACCAUCAGGCUGGAGUUUUGAGCCAACGAGUGUAGACCUGAAGAUCGAUGGUGAGAAUGAUCCUUGUAGUCAAGGAAAGGAUAUUAACUUCUUCUUCAAGGGAUACACUGUCUCCGGAAAGGUUGUAAGCAAGGGUAAGAAAGAUGGUCCUGAAGGCGUUCUUAUAUCUAUCAAACCCAAAGACAAAGAUGUUGCCAUGGAAACACGAACAAAAACGGGUGGAGUGUACAACAUUCCGAAUGUGUUACCAGGCGAUUUCAUCAUCACAGCCUCCCAUCCCUCAUGGACCUUUGAAAAGGCCAGCAUUACACACACAGUCACCAAGGAUACAGCUACUGUGGACUCUUCCAUUAUUAUAUCGGGGUAUGAUGUGAGGGGCAAAGUGAUGAGCGAGGGUGAACCCAUCAAGAACGUUUUCUUCAUUCUAUUCUCUGACACGGUGAAAAAAGGGGAUGUUACAGGAUGUCAGAAGAGUGCAGUGAACGGGUACCAGUCUGAAGGGAAAUCCCCUCUGUGCCAUGUGCAGUCUGAUGUGGAGGGUCAGUUUGUGUUUCCCAGUCUGGGCAGUGGCGAGUAUAGAGUGGUACCUUUCUACAAAGGCGAACACACAACCUUCGAUGUGGUUCCUGCGUCCCUUCAGUUUACUGUUGAGCACAACACUGUCCAGCUUCCGACGGUAUUUCAAGUUGCAGGGUUCUCCAUCACAGGGAGAGUGCUCUCAGUUGCAGGGGGCAGCGGGGUCCAAGGUGCAAAGGUCAAAGUUCAGGGCAAGCCAGAGGUCGUGACCGGGCCCGAUGGUACUUUCAGGAUGGAGAAGAUCAAGUCUGGAACCUACACACUGCAGGCCAGCAAGGAAUAUUUGACCUUUGAUCCUUUGAAUGUCAAGGUCACACCUAAUACUCCUAGACUGCCUGAUAUAGUAGCCUCGAAGUUCAGUGCCUGCGGUCGUGUAGAAACAUCGGCUGGAGGCCAGAGGAAAGUCAGUCUAACUAAAGAGGGCAGCAAACAGCCUGAGAUUGCUACGACAGACAAGGAUGGAGCAUUCUGCUUCACCGCCUCGCCAGGGGUAUAUGUGAUGCAGCCCUUGAUGUCUGAUGCAGAGAAGUCUGCUGGUCUACGUAUCAAUCCAGAAAAUCAGAAGAUCACCAUUGUUUCUACCCCCGUCCUUGAUAUCAACUUCUCUCAGUUCAAAGCAACACUCCGUGGAUCAAUCAAAUGUCUUGAUGUAUGUGGUACUCUACAGGUUAUGGUGGAAUCUAAGGAUGGCAGAGGGUUCAAGAAACCAGUUCCCGUUUCUCAACAAACCAAGCAAGCUGCGUUCAUCAUCAAGGACAUCCUCCCGGGAAAAUAUUCAAUCAGUGUGGUCCAAACCAACUGGUGCUGGACGAAGUCUUCUCUUGAUGUGGAAGUAAUAGACCAAGACAUAGGAGGACUGGAGUUCCAGCAGAAUGGCUAUGUUCUUCACUGUCAUGUCUCUCACCAUAUUGAAUUGUCAAACACCCCCAGUAUUAUUUAUUAUUAUUAUUUCUUUCAGCUUUAUGCUCUGGACUCAUCUCCUUCUUACAAGGGUUCAUUCACACUGAAGAAAGGACCAAACCAAUUCUGCUUGGAGAAACCGGGCUCCUACAAACUCAGCCCGAAAUCUUGUCAUCAGUUUGAGAAAGCGGAGUAUGCCUUCCAAACGUCUGCACCUAACAUGUUGACGCUAACAGCUCUCAAACACCAGAUACAUGCUGAGAUUACAACAACCCAACCUGUCAUGGAUGUUACAGUCGCAAUCAGCUCUGGAGGUAAAUUGGAACAGACAGUCAAACUAGGACCUCUAAAAUCAAGACAACAGCUGGAGCAAGAGUCUAAACCCCCUGCAAAAAAGACCGGCAAUGAAACGGCCGAGAAAAAGUCUGCACCUCAACUGGCGGGACCUCAGGCUUAUGAUGUCAGCCACUGGGCCGGAAAUGGAGAAGUAUUGGAGAUAGUGCCCUCUUCAGGCGAGUUCUUGUUCUAUCCAUCAACAGUGAAAGUAACAGUGGAAUCAGGUGAGAAGUGUCCGGGAGUGGUUGCAGAAUUUGAGGGACGUCCUGGAGUGUUUAUUACCGGUCAGGUGACUCCACCCCUUUCAGAUGUCAGGGUGACCAUCACACCCACAAACCAAGCCGAGAGGUCAACAGAGGGAGCCCUUACACAGAUGACAGACCAAAAAGGACAAUACAGAGUUGGUCCGUUACCGGAUACGAGUGAGUAUGAAGUAGGAGCUUCUCUUGAUGGUUACAUCCUGACGCAGGAGGAAGGCAAGCUGGGCUACUUCAGGGCGUUCAAGCUGGGCAAGAUCAGGAUCGAGGUAGCGGAUGGAGAGAACAGCGCCCUCUCAGGAGUGCUUCUGUCAUUGAGCGGAGGAAACUUCCGUAGCAACAACCUGACCAAGGAUGACGGUAUCUUGACCUUUGGUGACCUUGGACCAGACACCUACUUCCUGCGAGCAUUGAUGAAGGAGUUUGAAUUUGAACCAAGUACCCAGAUGAUAGAGGUCAGCGAGGGGUCGGUCGUAGACAUCAAGGUCAAAGGUCGUCGGGUAGCCUUCAGCUGUUACGGAUCAGUGACGUCACUAAACGGAGAACCAGAGCCAGGAAUCUCAGUUGAAGCUCACUCAGAGGAGAGCUGCGGUCAGGUCGUAGAGGAAGGAGUGUCGGACGAAGAAGGCAACUUUAGAAUCAGAGGACUCCAGCCAAACUGUGACUACAAGAUCCAGCUGAAAGACUGUGAGAGCAACGGUCAUAUCGAGAGAGCAUCGCCAAAAACACAAACUGUCACCAUUGGCCAAAAAGUUAUCAAGGAUUUGAGGAUCAUCGUGUUCAGACAUCUCAACCAGUUUGAUAUAGGAGGAAAUAUCGUCACUCCGCAUGAAUACUUGGCAUCAUUAAAGGUGUCUUUAUACAGUGAGGAGGAUCCUGAUUCACCCAUUCAUACUCUCUCGUUAGAGACGGGAAGUUUCUUUCAGUUCUCUGCUGUGCCUAAUGACGGGAGGAGGUACAUGAUAAAGCUUGAGUCCACCUUGCCCAGAUCAAGCUAUGAUUAUACAUUACCAGAAGCAAGCUUUACAAGCACCGGAUACCAGAAACAUGUCACACUGCCGUUCAGUCCUCAGAAACGUGCCGUUGAGCAAGAAGUUAUGCAAGGUUCCUAUUUCGCCCUUCCUCUGGUUGUAGCACUCAUUGCUGUGGGUGUUAACCAUGCCAAGAUCCUGCCAUUUAUACUUCAGUUUGGACAGAGCAUGCGAGGCUUACAGAGCACCGCCCCCGCCAGCAGACCAGAGACGGUCAACGUCGACGCCGAUUUGUCACGGCAACGCAAGAAAGUCAAGCCAAGGAAGACAUGACGAUACUCUGCUUUGUCGUAGAU